UUUAGAGAAAAAUAGAGCAAUUCGCUAAGCAUGGAAAAAGUUCCUAAUAUUGAAAAAGUUAAGAAAUCUAAGUCCCAGAGUCGAAGAAGAAGGUUCAAGUUAGAGAAGAAGAAGCUUAAUGAACAAAAACAAUUCAAAAAAGAAAAAAAUUAUGAUAGCAGAGAUGAGAACAUUCUUUCUGAGAAGCCUUAUAUUUUAAUGGAAAAGAUUACCACCAAUCGGGAAAUCGUCAAAAUCACCCAAUUACAUCCUUCUCAUCAAAGAGAAAGUGAUUUUGUCACUGAGAUUAGAAACAAAUAUGAGUCUCCAGAGAAGAUUAAUAAGAUUUUGAAUGACUUUGAAGACAUUCGACCCCACUCCAAUUCAAACGCGACCAACACUCCAUUGGUUCAGAACUAUAGUAUCUCUGAUAGUAAGAAUAAUAUGAAAGAAUUGAAGCUCUUUUCAAGAGUUGAUAGUUAUCAGCCUACAAAUACUGUAUAUUUCAGCAAUAAAAUGCUACAAAAAAAUGCGAUUAAUCCAACUAUGCCUCUGUUGAAUAACUCAAAUUACUCGAAUGAGUACUCAAAGGAUGAGUCAAGAGCACUUAAGCAAAGAGGGAUCUUCACUUCUGGUACGAAUAACAGAUCCAAAGAUGCUAAUCGCUCCCAACCAAGGAAGAAGAGCAAUUUCGUAAAUCAUUCUCAAGGAACAGAGUCUCUGAGUAAAAGAAUGAAAAGAGCGGAUUUAAGCUCAUGGGGAGGAUAUGAUUAUAAGAAUAAUGAUAAUUGAGCACCAGAAGGGCAAUAUCAUACUGUUAACAAAGCAAGACCUCAACAUAUUUCUAAAAAUUCCAAGUUCAGUAAUAGAAAUGUUAAGAUAAAGCCUAUUGGAAAUAAGGUUAAAUUAAUCAAUAAGAAUUCGGUCAAUAUCUUCCUAGACCAAGAUGGGAUAGUAAGGCCUCUUUUUAACUGAGAAGAAAAUUUGGAUGACAGCCAAAGGAACAUUAAUUCUCCCAAGAGCAGAGGUAUGAGACACCAGUUGGAGAAAGAACACUCUUUUUCAAACGCCACUAACACUCAGACUAAUUAUUUUAAAAAGAGAGAAGAAAUGUCUGAGCACAAAGCUGCUAAAUCCAGUUCAUAUUCUCCGAGCAAGAAAAAUCUCAACAAGCUUAAUCACAAAGUUAUAUACCAAAAUAAGGAGGAUAAGUUCUUUUAUGAGAGAUCAAGCACAAUGGUUGCUGAAGUUCAACAAAACAAUGAUUCUUCGUUGAGUAUGAUCCCUUCUCGGAAGACCAAAAAGAUGGACAAGUUGAUCCUAGAGCAUAAUGAGAAUGCAAAGAAGUUCAUGGCACCUGCUAUCCAGUUUAAAAGACGAGUUAAUACAGGAAGUAAAAAUCCUCAGGCUCAGGGGAACCUUAACUGUAAAUCAAAGGUGAAAAAGAGACUGAAGUUCACUAUGAGAAACAACAAAGCUAUCUCUCCUAAAUGAAAGCCGAAAGAGAAGCCAUGUGACCUGACUUUCAAAGUGCAGGGUCUUUCUGGAUUCUUGAACCUAUCUAGUGAUGUAUACAACGACAAGACUCCAGCUAAUAUCUUGGAUGAUGUCUCUUCAAAAAUAAUUAUUACAAAGCCACAAAAUGCAACAAGAAACAAUAAGAAUUCGAGCAUUAAGAAGUAUUACAGCAAAGAGAGUGGCAGCAAUAAGGAUGGGUCAAACAGUCAAGUUCAGUAUAUGGCUCCUACUUAUAAAAACGGUGUAUUUUACUCGAAUAGUAACAAUACUACCAAUGAGAUCAAGAGCGAUUCAGACACCUUGAAUCUCUCUAAUACUUAUGCUGGAGAUGACUCUUAUUCUCCAGAAAAGAGAUUGGGUGAUGCUAGAUAUUUACAGCCUAAUCAUAUGCAUAAGAGUGUCCUUUCAAAGACAGCAUCUGAGCUACCUGGCAUGAAUGAUACUAAAAGGAUAAAAAUGAAAUCUCAGACAGAUCAUUUAAAUAUUCCAGAGAAUGACAUGGGACAAUCAUGAUUCUCAGAGUCUUCAAGUAGGAUGAAGUCCCAUCAUAACAUGAAGAAAAGCAGAUGCACUAUCAUCACAAAAUGAGAUGGGCCGAGGACUUGCCAAUCCACCCAGACAAAGAGGCUUUGAAUGAAAAGAAGAGCUGAAAUGGCAGGGAAGCCUAUUCUCAUAAUCAAUUUUCAUGGGGUCUUAGGAUGAUUGAGAAAAAGCAAUUCCAACAUUGAUGAUUUAUGUAAAGUUAAGAAAUAUUACCAACAAACUCAGGAAAAGGAUGUCUUUAUCAGACAAGCUUCAGGAAAGAAUCUUAAGUCCCUGAUGGGGUCAUUCCAGAUUGUCCUCUUCAUCAAUAAAUAUGCUAAGAGGCAUGAGACCUUCAUAAAUAUUGUGGAAAGCAGGGUUGGAGAUGUAUUUGAUGCUAUUUACACAAGAUGUUCCUAUAAAAAUGAUAAUAAAGUAGUUGAUUACAGCCAAAUAUAUGAAGAUUUCUGUAUCAAAACAGAAGAUAUUGACAAUAAAGUAGCCGUACUAUGACCUAUAAAUAUGGAAACAGAAGAAGUCAAAGAUCGAGAGAGAGAAGAACUUCUGUUUAUUGAUAACACUCAGAAUUACUGAUAUAAAAAUAUCAUUGCUGAAUGUAUUCCAAUGAAUUCCAAUGCAUGAAGAAAUCCCCUAAGUAUUCUCUUUGCUUCAUUAAGAAAUGAUGUUUUUAAUGCGAAUGAUGCCAAUCAAUCUAAUAGCAAAGGAACAAGCAGCAAAAUGAUGACCUUCGCAAGGCUCACAAGAUUCUUAAACAUUAUGAUGAAUGCUUUUGAAGAAGAAGCUAGCAAAUCUUCUUCAAAAUCAGACAAAUCUGAGGAGGAAGAUUUCUCAUUCAUUAAAGGAUUUAAAGCUUUACAGAAGUUAAUAACAAAGGGAAACAAUUCUACACUAAAGACAGCUUUAUUUUCAACUAAUAAGAUAUCUCAAGCAGUUAAUCUGCAGAAGGCAAAGGAAGAUAAGGUCUUAAAGCUUAGAUCUGAAAAAUAAGAAAAAAUAUAAGUCUCAAUUGGAGAGAGAAGAAAUUCAUAAGAAAUUUAUUGAGUAUAAUUUUCACCUGGCUAAGACAAACUCCUAUAUAAAUUUGAAGAGUCAGAAUGUCCAUACUAGUCGCCAUGUGAAUCAAUAUUACAAUGAUUUUUAUUAUGAACUAAUAGAGAAAGAAGAGGAGGAUAUUGAAGAGAAGCAGAACAUUAGCAGCCAAAUUGAUCAUCUGCUAGUCCAGUUCCAAAACUUCAAAAUUCCAGAUAUGACAGACAUGAGCCUAAAUUCUACAAGGCUCUAUUUGAACAGGUUUGUUGCACUAGACCAUGUUAUAUUUUAAAACAAGAGUAAACUCAAUUUU